AUGGAUUCACCGUUGGAGAUUCAGAUGGAGGACCCAAAGCCCUUUUCUUCCCCCUGUGACCGACUUCAGGCUGAUGGCUCAAUAAAAAAAAAUGAGCAGAAUUCUAAACUUCCAGGUGUUAAAAAAGAUAUUGAGAAGCUUUACGAAGCUGUACCACAGCUUGGUAAUGUGUUUAAGAUUAAGGACAAAAUUGGAGAAGGCACUUUCAGCUCUGUUUAUUUGGCCACAGCACAGUUGCAAGUAGGACCCGAAGAGAAAAUUGCUCUAAAACACUUAAUUCCAACAAGUCAUCCCUUAAGAAUUGCUGCUGAACUUCAGUGCCUUACAGUGGCUGGGGGGCAAGACAAUGUCAUGGGAAUAAAAUAUUGCUUUAGGAAAAAUGAUCAUGUGGUUAUUGCUAUGCCAUAUCUGGAACAUGAGUCCUUCUUGGACAUUUUGAAUUCUCUGUCUUUUCAAGAAGUACGGGAAUAUAUGUUUAAUCUGUUCAGAGCUUUGAAGCGCAUUCAUCAGUUUGGUAUUGUUCACCGUGAUGUUAAGCCCAGCAAUUUUUUAUAUAAUAGACGCCUGAAAAAGUACGCCUUGGUAGACUUUGGUUUGGCUCAAGGAACUCGUGAUACAAAAAUAGAGCAACUCAGAUUUGUCCAGUCUGAAUCUCCGCAGGAAAGCUCUUCACAGAAUAAGUCCCACGUAAUCACAGGAAACAAGAUUUCACUGAGUGGCCCAGCAUCUAAAGAGCUGAAUCAGCAGCCUACCACAAAAACAUCUGUUAAAAGGCCCUACACAAAUGCACAAAUUCAGCUUAAACAAGGAAAAGAUGGAAAGGAGGGAUCUGUAGGCCUUUCUGUCCAGCGCUCUGUUUUUGGAGAAAGAAAUUUCAAUAUACACAGCUCCAUUUCACAUGAGAGCCCUGCAGUGAAACUAAUGAAACAAUCAAAAACUGUGGAUAUACUCUCUAGAAAAUUAGCAACAAAAAAGAAGGGUAUUUCUACAAAAGUUGUCAGCAGUGGUGUGAUGAGGAAAGCUACCACUUCUUGCACAGCUACCCCGAGCUGCGACUGUUACGCAACAGAUAAAGUUUGUAGCGUGUGUCUUUCAAGGCGGCAACAAGUUGCCCCAAGGGCAGGUACACCUGGAUUCAGAGCACCAGAAGUGUUGACAAAGUGCCCCAAUCAGACUACAGCAAUUGACAUAUGGUCCGCAGGUGUCAUAUUCCUGUCUUUGCUGAGUGGACGAUACCCAUUUUAUAAAGCAAGCGAUGAUUUAACUGCUUUGGCUCAAAUUAUGACAAUUCGUGGAUCCAGGGAAACUAUCCGGGCUGCUAAGACUUUUGGCAAAUCAAUAUUAUGUAGCAAAGAAGUCCCAGCACAAGACUUGAGGAAACUCUGUGAGAGGCUCCGGGGUAUAGAUUCCAAAGCCCUCAAAUUAAUAAGUGAUAUACAAGGGCCUGCUUCCCAGGACCCAACUUUUUCAGAGAAGACUGACCAUAAUGCUGCUCACCUCAUACAAACCCCUCAAGCACAUUCCUCAGAGAAUUCAUUGCACAAAGGGGACAGUAAUGAUUGUGGGACCUGUUUAGAGGAAGACACUACCAAUGUAGAAGGCUGGGAUGAGGUGCCUGAUGAAGCAUAUGACCUGCUUGAUAAACUUCUGGAUCUAAAUCCAGCUUCAAGAAUAACAGCAGAAGGAGCUUUAUUGCAUCCGUUUUUUAAAGAUAUGAGCUAG